CAUGAAGCAAAAUCAUGUACGAAUUUCAGACAAAAAUCUGUCAUCUCUUAACAGCCACAACUUCAUAAUCUAUGAAAAAAAAUCUGAAGACGUCUAGAUUUAACACCUUAAUGGCGAGCUCACCCUUGUCACUGACCUCCAAACCACCAUCAACCGCCCUUUUCCACCACCGACGUACGCCGUUACCCACCGUCCGUGUCAGUGCCACAUCCGCAACAACAACCACAGCAAUGCCAGACCACCACUCUCCGCUCGAAAUUACUGGUGGAGGAGUUGACCGUUUCCUCCCUGCUCUUAACACCCGUCACCUUACUUACAAGCCUUUCCCCAUCAUUGGUUGGAACCGCCAUCUCGAGACCAUAUUCGCCGCCUUCUUCCGUACCGUCCCUGAUGUUAAGUACUGCCGUGAGUGCCUCCGGACCAAAGACAACGGCACCAUAGCCUUGGAUUGGGUCAGUGGCGACCGCCGCAGCUUGCCUCCCAACUCUCCAAUCCUCAUUUUACUGCCAGGGCUAACAGGAGGGAGUCAAGAUUCAUACGUGAAGCAUAUGCUGGUGAAAGCUAAGAGCAAAGGCUGGAGAGUUGUGGUGUUCAAUAGCCGGGGCUGUGCUAAUAGCCCUGUUACUACUCCUCAGCUCCAAACAGCUUCAUUCACAGAAGAUACAUGUCAUGUUGUAGAUCAUGUUUCCUCCUUGUUCCCGAAAGCAAGUAUUUACGGUGUCGGUUGGUCUCUUGGGGGGAACAUCCUUGUUAAUUACUUGGGAAGAGAGCACCAUAGAUGUUCUCUCUCUGGUGCUGUAUCACUGUGCAAUCCUUUCAAUUUAGUAAUUGCAGAUGAAAAUCUCCGAAAGGGCUUCAACAAUAUUUAUGACAGAGCACUUAGGGGAGGUCUUUCUACAACUUUUUCGAAACAUGCUUCCCUGUUUGAAGAUGCACCUGAUGAAUAUAAUGUUCUGGCGGGUCUAAAUCCUCGUACUGUACGUGAAUACGAUGAGGCAGUAACACGAGUGUCAUUGGGUUACAAAUCAGUGGAUGAAUAUUACUCAAAUUCAUGUAGUUGUCAUGUCGUGCAACAUGUUCGGAUUCCAUUGCUAUGCAUCCAGGCUGCAAACGAUCCAAUUGCUCCCAUUGAGGCAACUCCAUUUGAAGAUAUCAAGCAAAAUCCGAAUUGCAUGGUGAUAGUAACACCCCAGGGUGGUCAUUUAGGAUGGGUUGCCGGUGAUGAGGCACCCUUUGGAGCUCCCUGGACUGAUAAUGUGGCUAUGGAUUUUCUCGAACACUUGCAAAACGGUGUAUCGAACAAUAACGAUGAAUCGAAUGCUGAAGCAUCUUAAGCCAUGGAGGUACAAAGGUCUGCAACAGGAUUCAGAGGGCUUUGCAUCAAACAAUAACUACAGUUGACAAAGAGCAUGUUUGCGCAUUAUGUAAAAAACGAUUACGUUAAGGUUGAAUGUAACAUUAGAGCUCCAUUAGAGAAAGCUUGAAUUAUAAGAUCCACAUUGUUCACGGAGAUUAGUGAAUCAUGUUAAGGUUUAUUUUCAACUAAUGUGUUAUUGAACAUA